AUGUGGACUCAGACUUACAUAGAUUAUUUGAACAAUCAUAUCUUUGUGGACAAAUCUGUUUUUGAUAUUAACAUUAGACCUUUAGUAGCAAGAUUUGCAAAAGGCACUUCUGAAAUUGCAACUACAUCCCAAAAGCCAGUAUCAAAAGGUACUAUCCCCGGUCAUUAUAUGCUUUUCCUGCGAAAUAUAAGGAACCUUAUGGACCAUUACCCUGAGAUGAAGGGAUUUUAUAUUAGAGAAUACACUAGCAUUUAUCUCCCUAUAUAUUCGCCUGAGAUAAAUCUAAUUGAGACUUUUUGGUCUGCAAUGAAAUUCUAUGUUAAGGAAAGAGUAGGUUUAGUGUUGAUGAAGAUUUUAAAGACGAGAAUAGACGAAGCAGUUUGA